UCCCGCGGGAGGGGGAAGGAAGCGGAACCAUCUCCCCGUCCGUGGCCCCGAGCCUGCCGCCGGCGGAAGGCACCCCGCGCCGACCCCCUGCGCUGCCGGGAACGGCUAGGCGGCAGGACAGUAGCCGAACAUGUCAACAGCACCGGGCACGCAGUUUCCUUCGUCACUGCACGGCGGAGUGAGGAAGCAGGGGCGCGCGUCACCACCCCCGCGUAAGCGGCUACAGCCAAUCAGCGGCGGGAGGACGCCUCCUCCUCCUCCCCCGGGCGCCCCGCCCCCUGUGCGGAGCCGCCCGCUCGUCCGCCCGCUGCGGCGACCAGGUCCGGAGGCUGUCGGGCUGCCUCGCCGCGCUCUUCCCCGCCGCUCCGCCAUGUGGCUGUUGGCCGCUUGGGUGCUGCUCAGCGCCGUGGGCGCCGGUUCUGCGCAGUUGAUAUUUAGUGGGACAAAUGUUGUUGAAAAAACUGACUGUAAUAAAACUGUCAUUUUACCUUGCCAUGUGACUAAUCUAAAGGAGAACAAUAUAAAUGUCAUGUUUGUUACGUGGAAAAAACAAGGAAAUAGAAUUUUUUCUUUCGAUGGAGCAAAACAGAAGUUUCUCAGAGAUCCAACAGUUCCAUCAGCUAACUUAGUAUCUCAGGCGGAUUUACCCAAGGGUGUUGCCUCUCUAAUGCUUAACAGUGCAGAAGCAGAUGUUGGAAAUUACAGUUGUGAAGUAACAGAAUCAAACAGAGAAGGAGAAACAAGAAUUGAACUUAGAAACGGCUCAGUUGUCAGUUGCGGCGAGGAAUAUACCCCAACACCAAAGGAAAAAUGUGGAUCAUGGUUUCUUCUAGCGGAAAGGGCUAUCAUCAUAGCGUUGCUGUUCUCAGUUGUUGUUUUGUGCGCGGCUCAGUUCAUUGUUAUCACAUUAAAAUACGAAAUUGUACCUCAGAAGAAAGUGGGCAUUAUUGUACCAGUUAGCAUCUUCACAGUUGCUGCUGUUGUAGGCACUGUUCUUUUUGUCCAAGAUGGCUAUUCUGCACAGAAUCAAGCUGGUCUUGGCCUAAUUGUAGUCCCCGCUGUGAUUUUCGUACCACUUCAAUACUUUAUAUUUGGAUUCGUUUUUGAUAGUCUAUCACAAGCAAUGCUUGCUCUGAUAGUUUUGCACGUUCUUGGUUAUAUAAUUGCUGUGGUUGGUUUUGGACUGUGUGUCUCAGCCUGUCCUCCAUUACACGGAUCUGUUGUGAUUGCUGGCUUAGCUAUUAUGGCUAUUGCAAAUUCGUUUAGUCUGGCUUACGUGUUUGUUAUGGGUUCCAGAAUGAAAGAUCAUCAUCGUCCAGGGAAAGCUGUAGAAGAACCACUAAAUGAACUGCGGGGGCAUGUGAUAUGUGAAAAGUACACCGUUGUUGAUACACCGUGGCCUUGAAGAUGCACUACUCAGAAGAAAUUCAGGAAACUAGUUGUUUUGCAUGUGUGGCAAAAGUGCUUUUGAUAUAAAUGAUGUAAUUUUAUAGUCACAGCAGCUGUAGCGAGGAACGUGUGUGUUUGCCCACAUGUGAUCUUUAUUUUCUUUUGUUAUGGUAUAUAUGGUAUAGUUGAGGGUGAGAAUAUAAAAAGCACUGUUUGCCCACUACAGGGUCUCCCUGCGGUAAUCCUUAGUGGUAUUAUUUUCAAAAACUAUCAUUUGUCACUGCUUUGAUAAUGGGCCUGCUCAGCCCAAAGAUUGCAAUACCAUUUAGACUUGUUUUCUUUAUAUGUCUGCAUGGGCAAGGUAUGGUCAUACGUCUGUGAUACAAGCAGGAAGUAGAGAUUGUACAAAUACAUCUUCUCUGACAUUCAGCAAAACUUUCAUGACAAAAAAAAUUAUUAUAUACAAAGUUGCAUAAGUACAAAGUUUAUUCCCAGCUCUCCUUAGGUUAACUGAGUUCUCCUAAUUCCACGAAACAGUAGUAUUCCUCUCUAUGGACAGUAGUCAUGUAUGCUCUGGUGGCCGAUGUUUUAGUCCAGUGAGAGAGCUGUUUGUGCCUCUUCUGUAUUCUUUGAGAAACCGCUCAGCUGUUGGAGCCUAAUUCAGCACUGGAAUUAUGGAACACAGCAGCUAGUAAUUUUCAUGCGGAAUGUGGUUCUUGUGUAUGUUCAUGUGCAGUGCGUGGUACUGGAAGCAAUUUCAGGCUUUCUUAACUCAGUGAAUUUGUAAAACUCAUGGAUGCUUCAUAAAAAUAGGAGUUGUCCUAUUUAGUGUAUUUUUGACAGUUUCCAAAUCUGUUUUCUUGAAUGGAAAAAGGAGCCAUUUCAUUUCUGACCCAAGUUUGUGAUGCUGCCCAUUGCAUCACAAAUACAUAAAAUAGAAAGUAAGUAGGAGGAGGUGAUGAGAAGUAAGGAGGCUCAGUUUCUGUAUAUACGUAAGUGGUGCAGUUCAAAAUCAAUUUUCUAGGACUUGCACAUUCCAUGAGAUUUUACCAUGUUUUACAACUGUUUUGAGAGUUGUUCCAGUAUAGUUUCGUUGGCUUCUCUUGGACUUCAUGUAUACUUUGUAGAAAUCUUGACACUGUCUCCUAUUCGUACUAAGGUAAUGCAUUUCAAAGGCACACAUGUUUUUUUCCUUCUAACAGUUUAAAACUUUGUUUGGAAAGCCGUUGUCAAGCAGUAAUGUAAUAAAAUCCAUGUUUUUAAAAAUUAUGAGUAAUUUGUCACGUCUCAGAAUUGGGUGUUAUAAACUAAGGUCCAUGUCCAUGUUGUGGGUGCAUUUUGCAGAGUCAGGUCUCUGCGUGUUGAGCUCCAAGUCUUGUUGCAGACACCUUGCAUCAAGAAUUCAACAAAAUAAAACUGUGGUAUCUGAUUUUACAAUAUUUACUUAUAAACGGUCCUCUUGCUAGGGCCACAGGAUUGAACCGCUUAAAGCAACCCAUCGUCCAACCCUUGCUAAAGUCAGUGGAACUGGCCACAGUGAAGAGGGUUAUUAAGUGGUAAAACAUUUAAGAAGCACGUAUGGUUUACACUUACUUUUAUACCUUCAAGUUUGUCAGUAGGAGUAUUUAUAUAAGAUUUGAGCUCCUGUACAUGAAUCUUGAUACAGGUUUUUCCAUAAUCACAGCAAUCUCUACCUAAAGAUGGGAGAUUACUCACCAUUAACAAUUCAGUGUAAGAAUUUACCUGAUAAAGUACCAUGCAGAGCUCCGUAUUUAUAACUAGUCAUUCCCUCUGGCAAGUUGAAAGUUGAGCAGUUGAGGGAUAAAAACCAAACCAACUGGAAUUCUGUUGAGGUAUUCUGCCUUAUAAAAAACAUUACGUAUAAUAGCUUUAUGUUAACUUUUGGAAAGCAAACUGCAGUAGAACCCUUUUGUGUUGCUGUGGGACGAGGCUGAGCGGUUACCAGCCAUCGCUGAGACCUGAGGAGCUCGGUGGCCAUGUGCAGGCUGCAGAAUCAAUUGCCCCAGCCAUGAGAGAGCCCACGGUCCUGUGGCUGCGUUGAGGGCUUGGCUCUGGAUUUCUCGUAGGUACAAAUUUACAAGCGAGAGUUUAAAAAGUCAUCUAUAUACUCAGCCCUUUCCCACCAGUAAUUCAAAACCAAAGUUGUUCAUAACUGUAUGCUUCCAUUUGUGUGUGUGCAUAUAUGUGUAUAUAUAAAGAGAUAGACAUUUUAAAUAUCUAUAAAUCUACAGUAUUUACCCAAGAAAAUGUUUUUAUUUAUGCAACAUGAAACAAUUUUGUAAAUACUGUGCUAAUAUACUGAAAAAAUAAAGUCAUUUUAAGUUGUU